AUGUCUGAGACUGAGAGGGUAAUAGGCCAUACACCUAACUGGCGACAAGCUCAUGUGGAUGAAGCUCCCUCACUCUCUCGUUUCGGAUCUCGUUUUCCUUCCUUACAGCCAGAAGAUGUUGCACCCGAGGAGCCUACACACAAGCGAUCACUUGCGGAUUUAUCACACGAAGAUCGCCAGAAGAUGAUUGAGAUGCUCAAUCAAUUUUCCUCUGUUAUUCCCGCAGACUUCGUCCUGCCAACCCGCUUGGCAUUAUGCAGAUAUAUCGCUGCAUAUAUCAACGGCUUCCACGAACACAUGCCAUUUCUUCACCUGCCUACCAUGUCUGUGGAUACAUGCUCGAUCGAAUUGCUUCUAGCAUUGGCAGCCGUCGGUGCCCAAUACACAUUCGAAGGUGAAAAGGGUGUUGAACUAUUCAACAUCAGCAGAGCGAUUGCUACGCAUCGUAUCAGGAAACGCGAUACAAGAUUAGUGCAGCUUCAGUAUCAAUCCGAGUCAGAUUACUCAUCGCCGCGCGAUGGCGAUUCCCAAGGACGUACUCCCCAGCGUAAGAGCUCCGUCUCGGGACCGCUGGGCUUGCCAUCUGACACAGAUUCUCCUCUCGGCGAAGAUCUCAUGCAGACAGCGCAGGCUCUCCUUUUACUGAUGGCGCUAUGCACCUGGGCCAAACAUAGGGAAAUUCUCAGAGAAGCUCUCGCCAUCCAGAGUAUCCUAGCCACACUCAUCCGAGACGAUGGGUUAGACAUUGAGCCCCUUCACGAAGACAUUUCAUGGACAGAUUGGGUCCGACGGGAAACAGUGAAGAGAACAAAGUUCAUUGUUUACGGCUUUUCCAAUCUGCAUUGCAUUGUCUACAACAUUCCGCCUUUUAUGUUGACAAGCGAAGUUAAGCUUCCGCUUCCCUGUACCGCAGCGGAGUUCAAAGCAUCGACUGAGGCUUCCUGGAAGGAGGCCAGAAAAAAGAGUACACCAGAAGUACUCUUCCAAGAUGCCCUGAAGCGUUUGUUCAGCAGACAAGGCCGAGAUGUUACAGAGUACAACUCCUCGUCUGGAAACUAUGCCCUGAUCCAUGCGUUAAUACAGCAUGUUUUCUUCCUGCGCCAAGUCGCUCGCUGCCGCUUUGAAGGCGCUGGUGAUCUGAGCCCCGAAGAUAUUUCAUCGCUGGAGAACGCGCUACGUAACUGGCAGAUUGGAUGGCGACAAAACCCGGAAUCGUCACUGAAUCCUAUGAACCGGAACGGUCCCGUUGCUUUCAACUCGACAGCCUUGCUCCGCUUAGCAUACAUUCGCUUUGCUGGAGUUCUGCGGGUAUGGGCCAUGAUCUUCAAGGGAUCUCAGACGUGGGCCAUUGUGGAUGUCAUUGGAAGCUCUCUCAACCUGUAUGCCGAUAUGUUGGAAUCUGGAUGA